CCGGUGCCCGGCGUGGCGGGGCUCCGCAACCACGGCAACACGUGCUUCAUGAACGCCACGCUGCAGUGCCUCAGCAACACCGAGCUCUUCGCCGAGUACCUGGCCCUGGGCCAGUACCGGCUGGGCCGCCCGGAGCCGUCGCCUGAACCGGAGCAGCCGGCGGGUCGCGGCCCGCACGGUCAGGGCGAGGUCACCGAGCAGCUGGCGCACCUGGUGCGGGCGCUCUGGACGCUGGAGUACACCCCGCAGCACAGCCGAGACUUCAAGAGUAUCGUAUCAAAGAAUGCUCUGCAGUAUCGAGGAAAUUCCCAGCAUGAUGCCCAGGAGUUUCUGCUAUGGCUUUUGGAUCGAGUUCAUGAAGACCUCAAUCAUGCUGUAAAGCAGAGUGGCCAGCCUCCUCUGAAGCCACCAUCAGAGACUGAUAUGAUGCCUGAAGGACCAUCUUUUCCUGUGUGUAGCACUUUUGUACAAGAACUUUUUCAAGCCCAGUACAGAUCUUCUUUGACAUGUCCUCAUUGUCAGAAACAGAGCAACACUUUUGACCCUUUCCUGUGCAUUUCUUUGCCAAUUCCACUACCCCACACAAGGCCUCUCUAUGUCACUGUAGUGUAUCAAGGGAAAUGUUCCCACUGCAUGAGGAUUGGUGUGGCUGUGCCUCUGUCUGGGACUGUUGCCAGACUUCGGGAAGCUGUGUCUAUGGAGACAAAGAUCCCCACUGAUCAGAUUGUGCUAACCGAAAUGUACUAUGAUGGGUUCCAUCGUUCCUUCAGUGACACAGAUGACCUGGAGACAGUUCAUGAAAGUGAUUGCAUUUUUGCCUUUGAGACUCCAGAAAUAUUUAGACCUGAAGGAAUUCUCAGUCAAAGAGGCAUUCACUUAAAUAACAAUUUAAACCACUUGAAAUUUGGCUUGGAUCAUCACAGACUAUCUUCCCCACCAUCAACAGCAGCAAAACAAGGAAAAGUGGACUUGCCCACCAGAGUGGCAAGCGACAAGAUUGUUCUGCUUGUGUGUAACCGGGCCUGUACUGGGCAGCAAGGGAAAAGAUUUGGACUGCCUUUUGUCCUGCACCUAGAGAAGACAGUAGCAUGGGACCUUCUGCAGAAGGAGAUCUUGGAGAAGAUGAAGUAUUUCUUGAGGCCUACUGUCAGCAUCCAGGUGUGUCCAUUCAGUUUGCGUGUGGUCAGUGUUGUGGGAAUAACAUACUUGCUGCCUCAGGAAGAGCAGCCCUUGUGCCACCCGACAGUAGAAAGGGCAUUAAAGUCCUGUGGACCAGGUGGCACCGCUCAUGUGAAACUGGUAGUAGAAUGGGACAAGGAGACAAAAGAUUUCUUGUUUAUAAACACUGAAGAUGAAUAUAUCCCUGAUGCAGAGAGUGUCCGUCUUCAGAAGGAGCAUCAUCAUCAGCCACAAACCUGCACUUUAUCCCAGUGUUUCCAACUCUACACCAAAGAAGAACGGCUUGCUCCAGAUGACGCAUGGCGAUGCCCACACUGCAAGCAGCUGCAACAGGGGAGCAUCACAUUAAGCCUGUGGACUCUGCCUGAUGUGCUUAUUAUACACCUCAAGAGAUUCCGCCAGGAAGGAGACAGGCGCAUGAAACUUCAGAACAUGGUCAAGUUCCCUUUGACUGGCCUGGACAUGACACCGCAUGUGGUUAAGAGAAGCCAGAGCAGCUGGAGCUUGCCAUCUCAUUGGUCCCCAUGGAGACGGCCCUAUGGACUCGGGAGGGACCCUGAGGACUACAUCUAUGACCUGUAUGCUGUGUGCAAUCAUCAUGGCACCAUGCAAGGGGGGCACUACACAGCGUACUGUAAGAACUCCGUGGACGGUCUCUGGUAUUGCUUUGAUGACAGCGAUGUGCAGCAGCUGUCAGAAGAUGAAGUGUGCACACAGACCGCUUACAUACUUUUCUACCAGAGGCGGACAGCCAUCCCAUCGUGGUCAGCUAAUAGCUCGGUGGCAGGUUCUACAAGUUCUUCUCUGUGUGAGCACUGGGUGAGCCGGCUCCCAGGGAGCAAGCAAGCCAGCGUGACCUCUGCAGCCUCCUCCAGACGCACCUCCUUGGCUUCACUCUCUGAGUCUGUGGAGAUGACAGGGGAAAGGAGUGAAGACGAUGGAGGCUUUUCUACUCGACCGUUUGUGAGAAGUGUGCAGCGUCAAAGCUUGUCAUCCAGAUCUUCUGUCACCAGCCCCUUGGCUGUCAAUGAAAAUUGCAUGCGGCCUUCUUGGUCCCUGUCUGCCAAGCUACAGAUGCGCUCCAGUUCUCCUUCCCGCUUCUCAGGGGACUCCCCGAUCCAUGGGUCUGCCUCCACUCUUGAAAGGAUUGGGGAGGCAGGUGAUGAUAAAGUGUCCAUAUCUUGCUUUGGUAGUCUACGGAACCUUUCUGGUAGUCACCAGGAACCAAGUGACAGUCACAGUAGACGAGAGCACAAGACUGUGGGCCGGGCCCCAUUGGCUGUCAUGGAAGGUGUGUUCAAAGAUGAGUCAGACUCUCGAAAAUUGAACUCCAGUGUUGUAGACACACCAAGCAAAAAUCUAGCACAAGGGGAUUGCUUGCCCCCCAUUUCUGAUCCUUUUGAUAAUAAUAACCAGAUUGCUUAUGUGGAUCAGAGUGAUUCUGUUGACAGCUCUCCAGUCAAAGAGGUGAAACCUCCAAGCCACCCAGACUCCCUCACAAAGAAGCCAGAGAGCACAACCAAGAGAUCCCCUAGUUCCAAAGGCACUUCUGAGCCAGAGAAGAGCAUGCGGAAGGGGAGGCCCGCCUUGGCCAGCCAGGAAUCUUCUCUUUCAAGUCCAUCCCCUUCUUCACCUGUUCCUGUGAAGGUUUCCUUGAAACCUGCCCGCUGUCGGAGCAAAGCAGAUUCUUCCAGGGCCAGUGGAAGGCAUUCAUCCCCUGCCUCUACCCAACCCAAAAAAGAAUUGUCCCCCAGGUCCCAGGAAUCCAUGUCAUCUCCUUCACCACAGAAGCAAAAGUCUACUUCUGCCUUCACUUACUCUUCUUCCUCCAUAUCUGCCAAAAAAGCCCCAGGCCCUGCCUCCAGGGGCUCCUUACCUUCUGGGAAGAGCAGGACUUCUGACCGGAGCUUGAGUAGAGAGGGUUCCAGACAAAGCUUAGGUUCUGACAGAGCCAGUAUCACCUCCACCUCCACCUCCACCUCCAAACCUAGCUCCCCUCGGGUGAAUCAGGCCAGAUCAGGAGACAACAGAGUUGAUGGCAAACACGUUCGGAGCUCUUCCAUGGCCAGCCUGCGCUCACCUAGCACAAGUGUGCGCUCUGGGUUGAAGAGGGACAGCAAGUCUGAGGACAAGGGACUGUCCUUUUUUAAGUCAGCCUUGAGACAGAAAGAAACCCGGCGGUCCACUGAUCUUGGCAAGACAACCUUGCUGUCCAAAAAGGCUGGUGGGAGCUCUGUCAAGUCCGUCAGUAAGAACACCACAGAUGACAAGGCAGAGAAAGACCAUCAGUCCCCAGGCUCACAGCAGCCAAACACAAAUGCAGUUGGAAAAGAACAGCUUGUCUCAAAGGACCCUGCUUCUGCUAAACAUUCCUUGCUAUCUGCUCGAAGAUCCAAGUCUUCCCAGCUAGAUUCUGGAGUUCCCUUGUCUCCCAGUAGCAGGCUGGCCACCGAGAAAGGCUCCAAAAAGCUGUCUUCUAGCAUGCAAACCUCUGCACGGCCUUCUCAAAAACCCCAGUGAUCUUCUGCAAUCUGGGUGUUUUAUCUGUACAGAUGUUUAUUUAUUUAGAACUCCCUUCCCACCAAAGCCCUCUAUGCUUUUAUUUUGUAUUUUUUUGGGUCAUGUGCCUGACUGUGUGAGAGAAUAUGAGUGUGUGUGUGGAAUUCAAAUUGUUAAAAGCGUCGCCUUAUUCUGCCAUUGAACCAAAUAACAGCCAUAGGCAAAGCAUUGAUACCAAGCUAACUGGAAUAACUGUAGAAAAUAAUCUGGAUAGUCCCUUUAGCAACUGUACUUAUUUCUUUCUAGAGAACUCUAAUGACUUUGGUUGGACACUAGGGUUUGAAAACCUGUGAACCAAUUAAGCUAUCAGUGUGUAGACAGACGAAUUGUUUGACUUGGGUUUCAUCUGAACAGAAUUUAUCUUCAUGUAGAUUGUUGAGUGCCAUCAGGAACUUAGAAAACAAACAAACAAAAACAAAAACUAUGACACUAACAACAACGUAAACUGAGGGAAAACUUGCUUUCUGCACUUUGGCCCCAUCUACCAGUCUUUGUAAGGACAAUAUCUUAACACUAAUGUUUCUCAGGUAUAUCUACUCAGCUAGUUUAGGAUGGAUGUACAUUACUAAUAAAUGGUUCAAGAGGAAGAUGGCAUGGGGGAGGGUGACUGUCCUUUCUCCUACUGCCACAGGUAGAGGUCUCAGAGGUAGACAGAAAAUCUAUUGCUACCUUCAUAUCUGCAUUUAUAUGCAUACCCUAGCCUGUCUUGACUCCUUGGAUAUGUUCUAAGAUUUGGCAAUUUUUGGAUAGUCAGAAAGACAGUCACUAAUAUUUUUUUUCAUUCUAAAUUUGCUGGCUAAGGCCAUUGGAAUGUUCAAAAACUGUAGUUCAAAAACUGUAGCUGAACAGUUAAUGCUUUUGAAAGAUUCCCAGAAAAAAAUUUUAUUCCAAGCUGGAAGCCUGAGUUUAUCAUUCUCCUCCCCUGAUGUUGCUUUUUUCUGUUAGAAGUUUGAGCAUCUCCUAACUCCCCUUGUGUGCUUACUGCCUUGUCUUGCUGCUUGGAAAAGAAAGAAGUUGCCUCCUACCAAGAGCCACUGGUCGGUGUGGUGAUGUGUUGUGAGACAAAGCAUUGCACAUGCACUUUGGAUCGUACCUGUCAGUCUUCCUUCUGACUGCUUCUCUGUAGCUCUUUUAUGUCCGCUCUGUCCUGAAGAGUUAACCUCAGACCCAGAACUCAAGCAGAGUCUGGCAUAUGUUCCCUCUGGCAUGUUGUUGUCAAUUGUGUUAUUAUAGAUGAAAAGGGGAACCUCAGACCUCACUGGAUUCUCACAGGUAAAACACAGUUUUCCAAGCCUUGUGGAAAUCACUUGGAAAUGCUUUCCAGCCCAGUUUCUUAGUGUCUUCUUUUUUUUUCUCUUCUUUUCUUCUUCUUCUUUUUUUAAUAUCGAGAGAAUUGUGGUCUUGAUUCUCAGAGUAGCAUUUGUCACUUUGUCAUUAAAUAUAGCAUGUUGAGUUUAUGUGUUGUUAUAUACUAGAGCUCAUGGUUCCAGGUCCACAUGAACUCCCUUUUCAGUAUUUCUGUGAAGUGGCCGCGGUGCAUAUGUGCAUGCAGUUUGAUUUCUGCACUGUCCUUUUGUUCUUUAUGUUAAGAAUACCUCCUGGGAAGUACUUUCCACUAGUUAAGUUUAUUUUGCUGCUAAUAUGGACAUUAGCUGGUAGCUUACAGGUUCAGGGUGACUGAGAUUUUCAGCCCUUGUGGUAUUUGAGGCUUAAGUGUUCAGCUUUGUGCACGUUACCACAGUGCUCCACACAAUCCAGUGUGUGUGAGCAGUGCCCACUGCACUCAGUCCUGUACUGGCUGCUUCUGUCCCCCCUCCCCCCACUCCCUGUGGCUUCCCAAAGCCUCCAGGCUCUCCUGCCUUUGUGUGACUGAGGUGACAGCUGCCUUUUCAUGUCAUCAUUGUUAAGUGGCACAAGGUCAGCCCCAGCAGUGUUUAGCCACCAAUCUUGUUUUCUUUUAUUGUUUUUAUUUUCUAAAAAAAGCAUCAAAUGUGAGACCAUCAGCAUCAGGAAUUGAGCAUUUGUGUGAUUUGAGCCUCUGAAAUGGUCUUAGAAUUAGAAUGUGAUAAGACAAAGGAUUUUUAAUAACAAGCUGUUUUGCCAUAAUUAAGAUGACUAGAAGCUAGUUUAAUUUUCACAGUACUACAUAGUUUUAUUCUUGAAUGCAGUAGGAAUGGAUCCUCCCUCCCACGUGUAUCAUGUUUUCUUAAACAAAACAGAGAAAUCCUCUACAAGUCUCUGCUUUUCCAUGGGAUCAAGAAAGACAGUUUCUAUAAUGUAAUAAAAUUGAAAAGAUGUAUGUAUAUGGAGUUUAGUCCUUAUUUCAUAUUUUAAUUCAAUAGAAAAAAAUUAGCCUUGUCUAGGCUGUGAAGCUGCCAUGCUUGUGAGGUUGGGAAACAAUGCAGUCUGAUUUCUUACUGCUGGGGUGUGUUUAAGACCCAGAAAAGGCUGCUCUGACAGUGCUGUCUGAAGUGAAAGAGCUUAUGAGAGGGUUGCCGCUUGGUUCAUUCAGUUCUGUGACAGGGUUAAGUUAUUGCAGUCUUUUUCCAGCGAUUUGAAUAUAGUGAUUUUUGACCUCAAAAAUCACCUGCUCAGAUGGUAGACCUGAGUUUCUGCUUGGCAACCCACUGAGCCUGGUUAGGGCAGUCAUUCCCCGCAGGAACACAGCACCAACCAACAGAGUGAUGCAUUGGUAAUUUUUUUGGGGGGGGUGUUAAAUAGGCCUCCGUUUAUCCUUGCUCUUUUCCUGUAGAGCACCCUGCACAUGAGGCUACACCAUCCCUUAAGUCAGCCUUCCACCUUGCCUUCAUGAUGAUGCUUACUCAUGUCCCUUACAACCCUCGCCAACCUCAUUUAUUUCUUCUUAUGCCUGAGAGUGAGUAGUGCCAUGUCCGAUCAAUAGGGCAAUGUGGUAUAUCUUUGCUGUGCCACAUUCAAUUCAUUUGGACCUGCUUUGCAGAGGCAAACAGAAAGCUUCAGCAAUCUGCUGUAGUUGAGGAGUCCUGGGAGACACCAAAGCAAACGGCCUGCCAUGGAGUUGUGGUCUUCAUCAGAAACACCCAAACACAUUAUGGUUGGGUCAGACCUGAGGUUCCUUGAGUUUUUGUCUGGAAACCAAAGGUAUCCUUGUCUAUCUCUGGAGACAUUGUGUUCUUCUGGCCACUGGGUCAGAUUGAGCCGUCUGUACUGUAUAGUGAUUAAAUCUAGUACCUGGUCACUUUACAUUAGAAUCAACCCUCUGUGUUUCUGUGUGAUGGCUAUGGAGAUUGUUGAGGGAUGGGAUGCACUGUCACCCUUCUAACUAAUAAGUAGGAGUGGUGUGUUAAGGGAGCAGUCAUGGCAGCUUAAAGAAUAUGGAUUAAAGAGUUGUGAACAAAGCUCAUUUCACAUAAACCCUCUUUAAGUGGAUGGGCACAUGGCAUCACAUCUCAUUUUGAUAGAUUACUAAUAGCUGAAGUUACAGUUUCCUGUGUAGAUUGUCAUUGAAUACAAAGGUAAUUAGUGUUCCGGUUUGGACUUUUGAGCUAGGAUGAAAAUCAUAAGCACAGUUUCAAUAAAACACGGUUUGGAGGUGCAUUGAUACUUAGAUUUUGGAGUUGAGAAGGGAAAACUUUGCUGGCAAACCAGUGCCUACCAUAAAGCCAACUUAGCUGCGAGUAUGCAGGCUGCUCUUGCUUGAGUUUUAUAAAGAGCUCAUUGCUGUUCAGCUGGCUGCACCUUCAGUUGGGACAUCAUGCUUUUGUUUCAGUCAGUGCUUGGGGUCCCAUGUUGCCUUGUGAUCAGACCCCAGAUUGUUCUUCCUAGCUGCCUUUUGAGCAUGACCGAUCAUUUUCACCCCCAAGUAGAGACAGCAGUUUUGCAUGCCCUCCAUCUAGCCCAGAAAGCAUGCUCAUACUACCUAUGCAAGCAGUCGAUUGAAAAGCAUACAGAGAAACUACACUAAACAUUGAGUUUUAAAAAAGAAAAAAGACAACUCAGAUCCUGGAGCUCUAUUUUUGAAUUUGUAAUUUUUAAAGCGUGGCUUUGUCAUCAGUGUAGGUGAUCCUGAGUAUGAAUUUUAGGUUGCUUUGCGUCUCUUUCUCUGCCAGUCUUUUUUUAAAAUUAUCAUUGGUGAGAUUGUGUGUAAAAUAGUAUUUUGCAAGCAGGAGUGGAUUGGAUAUGUUGAACAUACACUGGUGUAUAUAUUGUAUUUAGCCUGAAGACUUUCCUAAAGUAUUUUGUUCUAAGAAAUAACCUGCCAUUUUCUAUAGAUUUUAAUUUUUUAUAUCUUCUGGUGUCCUUCAUCACAAGGAGAGAUGUGGCUUCAUAUAGUGCUAACAAUUUUUAAAUGCUUUUGUAGAGACUUAGAGGUGUUUACGAAGACUCUGGGACAUCCCACCCACUGGUCUCAGUAAGAUUAAGGAUGUGAAAUGUAUGGUAGUGUUAAACAAUGGAUUCAGGUCUAGAUCCGUCUCACAUUCAUUUAAAACCAUUGUUUUCCAUGGGGCAGGGAUGGGGCAGAGGCUCAUAGCAUAUGUGAAAGAUGUCUUUGAAUCUCAUACAUAUACUGUCCCCAGGCCUCUUCUGGAUGAUUCACCCUAGGUCACCAGGAUCAUCAAGGGACUUGGAAUGCCUGGGCCUCUCCCAGGCUUUUGAUGCUGGGUGACUUUCUCUCCUUAUUCCGGUCAGAAUCAAGAAGGAUGUGGUAUACCAUCUCUUUGCCAACAAUUUAUGGCGAGAAUCAUCACUGCCAUACAAAGUACUCAGGAGGAAUUUCAGUUGCGUUGGACAAGAAAAUUAAAAGAAGCUGUCAAUCCCCUGCUUGAAUUCAGGGGACAAGAACUUUCUGACUUUAAGGCCUGAUUUGGACCUGUGAAGCAUUUUAUGGGUGGUAUGUUACUUGCCAGUCUGGGGAUUGUCCUUACUUCCUGGUGGCAAGCAGAGUGCCCCAAGGGGUCCGAGUUCAUUCCCAGAGCCUCUGUUCAGAUUCUGCUGUCGGGCUGAGACCCAUGCAGGAAGGGAAGUCACUCCAUGUUAGAAAAUAUGGCAGAAGACGGUAGAAGGUUAACUGUCUAGCCGUGCAGACCCUGCUCUGCUUUUGACAGCACGAUUGCAAACCACAGGCUGCAUGGGCCCCUGCUCUGAUUGCACUCCACUCUAGGUCUUUCCUGCUCAGAAUGUAGCUCUAGGAGUCCUUUUAAAUUUAAAAACAAAUGUGAAACAUUCUAUUGAAAUUAUUUUGACGCUCUCAUUGCUGUUUUUUUAUGUAAUUAAAUCAAUACCUAUCCAGGAAUUUGGCAGUAUAUGUUACCUACAGAGGCACAUGAAGUUUGGUUUUAAUCUGUGGUGAGCCAGGUGCACUAUACCAUCUUCAAAAUAAUCUGCUGUGCUGUGUGGCCUCAUCCCAUUGAACAUCAGGCUGCCUACAAAAAGGAGAAAGAAACAGUUUAUCUGACGGGCUCAUAUUUUAAGGAGUAAGGGUAUCAGGAAAAACCAGAGCUGGAACAGCUUUGGCACACGGCCUCCCAGAGUCGGGCUCUCUGCUGCUGUGGACACGCAGCAUGAACUUUCCUAGGUGCUAUUCCAGACUGGGGGACUGCGUUUCUGCGCUUGCGGUUCUGUCGGUCUUUCCUGUAGGCAUUUAUGCUCUGUGUAGGUCUGCUCACCAACUGUGCCUCUCACCACUGGUUAAAAUUGAAUAUGGGCCUCAUUACCAAAAUGGUUUCUUGAUUCUCUUGUGUAUUUACAGCGGCGUUUAUUUCUCUAGUUGUCUUAAAAGCUGCAUGUCAUAUCACUGUACACAAAAUGCUUUGGUGUCAUUCAUGAGCCAGUAGUGAGCUCUGUAUAAAUUCUUCAGUAAAAGGAUGGCAGAGUAUCUUUCCUGCAGGCUGGAAGAAAGUGUAUCCUACAUUUUAAAUUAUUUUAGGCCAAGUGCAUGAGGUAUGUCACUGCCUUCUGUUAUUUAUUUGUAUAUUUUAUUAUUCAAGGUGUAUGCACUUUUAAGAAGCAGAAUUUAUAUUUUUAUGUUUAAAACAUUUUAUUUCUGAGACAGCAGUUGGUUAUAUAGUAUACAAUUGGAAUUAAGAGAAAACUGGAAAUGUAACAAAACAUAAUAAAUUUACUACAUGAUGCCUUCUUCAA